AUAAUAUCAACAGGUCUUCCUAACGUGAAUUAAAACCAUGAAUAACCUAUUAUGUUCCGAGCUGUUGAUUUCCGUAAUGGUGAUUCUUGUAGAUGCCGAAUGUAGUUACAAGUAUUUGAAUAAAACAUGUUUAACAUCGAAUUACUUUAACUAUGAUUACACGUCAACUGAAGAUGACCAAUGUGAUGAAAAUUGUAAAUCUAUUACUGGGUGUACCGCUUCAUUAUUUGAGGUCAAUUAUUGUCUUCAUUACAAAGCUCCAGUCAUCUUUGUGUCAAAUGAUCUAGAUCUAAAUCAAUGCAUUGAAAAGUGUCCAAACCUAAGUCCAGGUCCAGACCUAAGUCCAGACCCAAGUCUAGGUCAAGGUCCAGACCCAAGUCCAGGUCCAGACCUAAAUCCAGACCCAAGUCCAGGUCAAGGUCCAGACCCAACUCCAGAUCAAGGUCCAGACCCAACUCCAGAUCAAGGUCCAGACCCAAGUCAAGGUCAAGGUCCAGGUCAAGAUCAAGAUCAAGAUCAAGGUCCAAGUCAAGGUCAAGGUCAAGAUGCCACCAGAAGAAGGAAGUGGAAAUUGGAUAAGGAUCAUCUUCACAAUUUCAAGCUACAUGUAUUAGUAAUACUAUUACGAAACUUCGUACUUAUACCUUGA